AUGGCUGAAUCUCAAUCAAUCACUUCCUCUCCUACCUCUCGCGCAACUUACAUACCCUCUCCUCAGAAUGUCCGCCGUCUCCGCUUCCUCCUCACCACCUUAUCCGGCCUUCCCCCCGAGCUCACUGAUCUAAUUAUCGAUUUCGCGGAGUACUGGCCCGUUCUCAAGUCCUCGAGCAAAGAAUUUGUCCGCGUCAGUGCAAGCGUCACAACCGAGUACAACGCUGCGUUGCUUUACCAUGUCACUCGCGAGCCCAUACCGAAGCCGCUGCGAGGGGAACGCGUUGCUGUCAAAGAUGUCAAGUUCAGGAUUCGAUCGUGGGACCAAGGCCAGAUCGGCCAGUACCGGUAUGGCCCUGUCGCGGUCAGUCAAGACUGGAAUGGCCAGCCAGAAAACUACGGCACCUAUUCGGGUUCUGGAACCUGGUUCGAAGCAUGCGUUCUCCGGACACGAGAUGCGGAUGCCGAAGCAAAGCCUCGAGCCCCCCGUAGAAUCUUCCAGCCCGACACGGCUUAUACAUGGGACUUUGACGGCUGGGAACUAGUCUGGCGUGAUGCGCCGCUGGAUCAGGAAAGGCAAGCUACAUGGCGUCUGCAAACAAACGUGUGCGCCAGCUCAUUUGAGAAGCAACACGAGGUCGUCUGGUCGAGACACGCAAACGAAUCGCCAACAGAGGGGAGUGGGGAUGGUAUGGGCUUCGUUGCGGCCCUGAAACCCGGAGAUCACAUCGGGGUCUGGUGUCCAAAGUGGAUGAACUACGUACGUGAGAUUGCAAUCGAAAUGCGGUAUGCGAUGUAA